AUGUCUGAAGUGAGUUCAAAGUUUCGCAAGGAAGCCGGCAACGCUGAAAUCGUCAAGAGCAUCGGCAAUAGGCCAUUGCGAGAGCAGGGUUUGUCAGAGGGUAGCAGACGGCAACUCGAUCUCGCCAAGGCUCACGGGCGGGUCAUCUUCCGCGAAGUUAUGGGAUUUAUCAGCUUAUUAGAAUCCCUCUCCCCCGACAGUGGACGGUGGGCGAGCGCCGUUGGGGAGGCAUGGCGGCACGAAGAACUUCGCAUGGUGAUCCUCAACUUUGUCGACCGCGUGCGCACGCGCGAGAUCGGCUUCAGACUCUCACAAACGACAUUCUGCGGAGACGAUGACGGCUGGGGAGAAUUUCGCCACGAAUGCGCCGUUCGUGGUUUGGGACAAAUGCGGCGUCUCCUUGAAGAGGGUGUCCCCAUCUUACGCCAUGCAAUACAACAUCGCAAUAUUCUGCUAUUGAGGUAG